UAGUUUUUCUGACUCUUGUGUUGGGCUGAAUCACACAUGGGUCUCCUCUCCAUCGUGCGUCAGUAGGACACUGCGGGGUGUGGGCACGCGCCACUCCUUCUGCACAGCAGACUCCAAAUUUAAUGCUUGACAGUUCGGAGCAAAGCAGAGCGAUUGACAAAGGAAAAAGUAUUAAGAAACCUAGUGAAUGCAGAUGAAUUAAUUUUUACUCUUCCGUGGUAUUUUGGAUGCCUUGGCUUCACAACACUUUGCCAAUAGCAUUUUCUCCAUGAGAAUCCAGUUCUCCGCGCGCAACAGCACCUGAUCUCGGCGGGAGGACGCGGAUGAAAGGAAGAUGGCCAUCCACGCCGAGGGUCUGGUAGCUAUCGUGGUGUUCUAUGUUCUGAUUCUGUUCGUCGGCAUCUGGGCUGCAUGGAAAAAUAAAAACGCCGGAGUGAGCGAUGGCGGCGACCGAAGCGAGAGAAUCAUGGUCGGAGGAAGGGACAUCGGCUUGUUCGUUGGUGCAUUCACUAUGACAGCCACUUGGGUGGGCGGUGGCUACAUCAACGGGACAGCGGAGUCUGUCUACCUGCCGGACUUCGGCUUGGCUUGGGCGCAGGCACCGUUUGGAUACGCGCUCAGCCUGGUAGUAGGUGGUCUUUUCUUUGCCAAACCCAUGCGAUCGCGUGGCUACGUCACCAUGCUGGACCCCUUCCAGCAGCUCUAUGGUAAAAGAAUGGGUGGGCUGCUCUUCAUCCCGGCUCUUAUGGGCGAAAUCUUCUGGUCUGCGGCCAUUUUAUCCGCCCUGGGGGCCACUCUGAGCGUGAUCGUGGACAUAAACAUCAACAUGUCGGUGGUGAUUUCCGCUCUCAUAGCGAUCUUCUACACUCUUGUUGGAGGACUCUACUCGGUCGCAUACACAGAUGUGGUCCAGCUGUUCUGCAUCUUUGUGGGCUUGUGGAUCAGCGUGCCUUUCGCUCUCUCCAAUCCUGCUGUGUCGGACAUCAGCGUUACAGCCAAGAAAGCCAUCUAUCAGUCACCCUGGCUGGGCAAGAUUGAGGCAAAUGACACGUGGCUCUGGGCAGACAACUUCUGUUUGCUGAUGUUGGGGGGGAUUCCCUGGCAGGUCUAUUUUCAACGGGUUCUUUCUGCCUCUUCAGCUACCUACGCCCAGGUGCUUUCCUUCCUCGCCGCCUUUGGCUGCCUGGUCAUGGCCGUCCCCUCGGUCCUCAUAGGAGCUAUUGGGGCCUCCACUGCCUGGAACCAAACUUCUUACGGGUCCCUGGCCCCAAAAGACCGGGAUGAAUCCGACAUGAUCCUCCCCAUAGUGCUCCAGCACCUCUGCCCGUCCUACGUCUCCUUCUUCGGUCUGGGGGCGGUGUCGGCCGCCGUCAUGUCGUCGGCCGACUCGUCCAUUCUCUCAGCCAGCUCCAUGUUUGCCAGGAACAUCUAUCAGCUCGCCUUUCGCCAGUCGGCCUCAGAUCGAGAGAUCGUUUGGGUGAUGCGCCUCACUAUCUUUGUAUUCGGAGCCCUGGCUACCUCCAUGGCCUUGUUAACAGGAUCCGUGUAUGGCCUGUGGUACCUGAGUUCAGACCUGGUCUACGUCAUUAUCUUCCCACAACUGCUUAGCGUGUUGUUUGUCAAGGGCACCAAUACUUACGGCUCCGUAGCCGCCUACAUCUUCGGCCUUUUACUGCGCAUCGGUGGGGGCGAGCCCUACCUCAAGCUCCCUCCCUUCAUCUACUACCCAGGCUCGGAGACGGCGAAGAAGAUCCACCCCCUCACCGGAGACGUGGAGUACUUCAUCCAGCAGAAGUUCCCCUUCAAGUCCGUGUCCAUGGCGGCUUCCUUCCUGGCCAACGUGGGCUUUUCUUACCUGACGAAGUACCUGUUUGAGACGGGCAUGGUGUCGCACAAGUACGACUUCCUGGGCGCCGUGGUGUCCAAACACAGCGGCGAGAUCAUGGACAAGGCCACGCUGGUGAGCAACCACGAUAACAUCAUCCUGGCAGAGAUGGCGCCCGUCAAUCAGGUCCUGGGCCCGUCGUUGGCCGGGACCUUCACCAACGCAGAGGGCCUCGAUGACGGGGCGUCUAGCCCCGAGUCCUUCCCCGAUGAGAACUAGUCAACCAAGGCACAAAGCGAACUGGAACCAAGGAGUUUAAAAAAGAAGGAUUAGUCAAAGAGGCGUAGACGCUCUUCAGGUAACUUGCUACUGCCGCGCUGGAGGCUUCCAGAGACUCUACGAGUUCGUUACGUGCCGAUGACGUGGAGCCUCCUUCUUUUUUAAGGUUCUUUGCCUAGAAACAGGAAGUUGACUGUCAGUCCGUUGUGUUCAUCAUAAUUAUUCAUUUUUUGUAUCAUGACUGUGAAUCCAAACUCUUAAUUUAAAUGCUGCUACAGUGUUCAGAGGAACGACCGGGCCGACGGUGGGUCAUGACAAUAGUGCAAUAUCCUAGCAAGAAUAUGUGUCGGUGCCAACAUACAAUACCUGUUUGAUUAUUUCCACAAAGUCUGUUUGCGUGUGUGUGUGUGUGUGUGUGUGUGUGUGUGUGUGUGUGUGUGUGUGUGUGUGUGUGUGUGUGAGACGCUUGCAUAGAGUGUAUUAAUAGAGCAAUAAUAUUUUAGGACAGUACAUUUGCUCCUAAUUCUUUGUAUAUGUAUUAACUCCAGAUACACCACAGGCAGCAUUUCAAGAACCUUGUACUAGCAAGUUGUUUCCAUCACUGUGGAUCAUUGCCAAGCUGCAGAUUCUGACGUCCUGUACAGCAAUUCAAAAAAAAUUUAAAUGGUAGAUGUUUGGCUGUUUUACCAGGUACCUCCCAGGCAGCCAUUGUUUUCAUGCUACUGCUUAAAGGUCACAAUCUUUGGAAUAUUGACCCAUCUUUAAAUGACUGCGCACAAAAGCAAAUGGUUUUGCAAGUUUAUGAUUGGAAUUAAAAGAAAUGCCUGAGUGUGAAAAUUAAAAAACUCCAAAGACCUACACCUACCAAGUUUGUAAUAAUAAUAAUAAUAAUAAUAAUAAUAAUAAUAAUAAUAAUAAUAAUAAUAAUAAUAAUAAUAAUAAUAAUAAUAAUAAUAAUAACAUAUAAUAAUAUGACUGGCACUGAUGUAGAGCAUCCAUACAUUACGUCCAAUCAUCUGAUUUUAAGUGACAGCUCUGGUCUUUUAAAAAUGUCAAGUGAUCUGUGUGAGUGUGCCUGUGAUGGUGUGUGUGCUCAUGCUUAACCUGUGUUGUCUGGCCAGCCACAGCGGGUCAGCGGAGACAGGAAAUGAUUGUUGCUCCCAGGAUGGUGCCGGCAGCACCGGUCAGUAUCGAUCCAAGCCCCGGUGAAUUAGCCCUCAGGAUGUUUGAUUAAUGCUGCAGAGAGGUUUGGGCCUAUAGCCUCUAGAGGGUUGUUCAAUAGUGUUUUAUGAGUUACUGGGAUGUUACUGAUCAAUGUCAUGGUUGUUGUUUCAAAUACCAGAAGCAAGUGAGGGAGGUGCCACGGAUGUCUAAGUGUUAAUAUUGUCCAGUUGACUUCACUGUGUUUAUCUCCUCUGAGCAUUGUUGUUGUUUGUUGUUGUCUUUUUGAAUCUAUGGACUCGCCUUAAUUCAAAUCUCAGCAGUGGAGAAAGGGAGGGAUCUGAGCCCCAGACGCGAGAUGAGGCUGGCAGUAUACUAUGUUUUAUGAGUUGUCCACAGUCAGUGCCCAUCAUAACUAAAACCAACAAUGAAUUAGUUGUGCCCAGUUUCCUACAACAUCCUUGAGCCACAUCUUUACAGAGACGUAAAUCUUUUGAAAGGGGUUAUAAAUUAUGGUGUAGAUUUCCUAAAACUGCUUCGAACCACAGUUUUCAGAAAACAUUACUCACGCACGUUUUAAUACAGGUUUUGUGCUUUCCCAAAAAAAAGAACAGGGUCAGGAACAUAUAAUUCAGUGGAGGGUGUGAGUCACUGGUUUAUUUAGAGUUGUCUGGCACAGAUACUGUUUAUGUGUCUCCAGCUAAUGAGACAACGCUCAUUAGUUGUGCCACUGUUGGUUUUGGUCUUUUUAACUGAUUCUGUGAGAAUAAGGAAAAUAUAGUGUAACACCAGCUUCAUCAGGAGAAGCAGGACGGUCUUCUUUACUGUACCUCCACCACUGAAUGGAGUGGACGGCGAGAAAUACCAGAACUAGACUGCAGCCCGUCUCCUCUGUGGCUCAGAACCGUCAAGCUUCUAGCUUCAAACCAAAAGGGUCGACUGCUGGUCUGACGCUGGUCUGACGCUGGUCUGACGCGCGUCGGCCGCUCUCAUUGGACUUCGAUGUGAAUGUAAACUUUCCUCGUCCUCGGACAUGUCUCAUAGGGAGAGUGUUGCAAUUUUAGGUCCAGCCACCAACCUGAACACAAGGAAAAAUAAUCAACGUCAGCUGAUGGACUGACACACUUGUGGCUCUGUGUUGUAAACUGCGAUGAUGCUGUAUUUUUGUGUGAUAAAUGUAUAUACCAAAAAAGCAUAGAAACAAAUGAGUCUACUUUUAAAUGCAGCAUUGAACCUGAUGUUGUAAACAGUGAAUUAAAGCUAUUUAUUUAUUCAUGCAGUGUCUAUAAGAAUAUAGUUGUAAACAUAUGUGGGUCAGUUGAAUUAAAUUAUAUUAUUUAGCACA